GCGGACGGCUCGGCACGGCUCCGCGGUGGGCACGGCACCAUGGAGAUCUGGAGCAGCCCCGCCGCUUACGACGAGCUGAACGGGAACGCGGAGCGCGGCGGCGGCGCGGAUCCCAUCGCCCGAGAGCUGGAGGAAGUCCUGUGCACUGAGCGUGCUGUGCGGAUCACCAAGACGUACCACGACAUCGAUGCUGUCACCAACCUGCUGGAUGAGAAAGAGAGAGACCUGGAGCUGGCGGCGCGUAUUGGGCAGUCCCUGCUGAAGCAGAACCGCAGCCUGACGGAGCGCAAUGAGCUGCUGGAGGAGCAGCUGGAGCUGGCCAAGGAGGAGAUCGCACAGCUGCGCCACGAGGUCUCCAUGAGGGAUGAUCUGCUCCAUUUCUACACCACCAACACUGAGGAGAGCGAACCCACCUCUGCCCCCAUCACACCGCUGCGCCGGAAUGAGUCCUCACUGUCCCUGCAGCAGUUCUUCCAGUAUGAUGCUUUGCAGCAGAAGCUCCGGAUCCUGGAGGAGGAGAACCAGAAGCUUCGCCUGGAGGCCACCACCAUUGUGACAGAGACCAGCCGGUACGAGGACCAGGAGCAGCAGCUGAUGAUUGACUGCGUGGAGCAGUUCUCUGCAGCCAGCCAGCAGGUUGCCUGUCUGUCAGAAGAGCUGGCCCGCAAGGCCGAGGACACGGCGAGGCAGCAGGAGGAGAUCAGUCAGCUCCUGGCACAGGUGGUGGAGCUGCAGCAGAAGUGCAGAACGUACGGCACGGAGGUGGAGGAGCUCCAGCAGCACCUGGCCGCGGCCAAGGAGGUGCAGCAGCAUCUCCGGACGGAGCUGCGGGACCUGCAGGACAAAUACGUGGAGUGCGGUGGGAUGCUGCAGGAGGCCCAGGAGGAGGUGAAGAGCCUUCGCAGCCGCAGUCUGCCCAACAGCACCGUCAGCCGCUACGGCGCCGGCAGCAGCCUCCUGCCCCUGGAAUCGUUGGCUGCUGAGAUCAAGGGGACGAUGAGGAAGGGGACGGAGUCCUCCUCAGACUACAGGAGCUGUCUGCGUGUUUUCGAGACGGUGAAGGCAGUGAACCACGCGGCCAAAGCCCGGUCGAGCUCCGCAUCCCCCCAGCACACACCCGGCUCCAAGCAGACCUCGGCUGCUCCCUCCGGGGGGAGCAGCACUCCUCACCCCAGUCCAGAGGGUCCCCAGACGGCGGGCCCGCGGGCAGCCCCCGGCCGCCAGGAUCUGGAGGCGGCGGUGCAGCGGCUGUCGGCGCAGCAGCGGCGCCACUCGGAGGAGCGCUCCUUCUUCGAUGCGGAGCGGGAGCGCAAGCUGUGGCGGCUGCGGGAUGAGGACGGCUCCAGCGGGAUCCCGACGCCCGACGGCAGCGUUGUGUCCGCCGGCACCACUUGCUCGGGGGGCUCUGAGCACACCGCUGCCUCUGGCUUCUCGCUGGGCUCGCUCAGCUUCCUGCCUGACAAGCUGCAGAUCGUGAAGCCGCUGGAAGGCUCAGUGACGCUCCACCACUGGCAGCAGCUGGCGCAGCCCAACCUGGGGGGGAUCUUGGUGCCGCGUCCUGGGGUGCUCACGAAGGACUUCAGGCCGCUGGACACCGACCUGGAGGAGGUGUACAGCCUCACCGACCUGGAGGAGGAUGAGGUGGAGGCUGCCUCCUUCCAGCUGCUGCCCACCUCCAUGCCUGCCAAAGCCAUGGAGCGCCCCGGGGUGCUCCUCUCUGCUAACAACCUCCCCCAGACCCCAUCCACCUUCACCAUCACCACCUGCCACAUCCUCCACCCCACCACUGAGCUCACCACGGUGAUCCCCAGUCUGCAUCACUCGGUCGUGCCUUCUUGUGGGCCCUUUGAGGGGCUGAACCGCAGCCCCCAGUCUUUGCGGCCGUCCUGCCCGGCGCCGGCACACCGCCCCGCAUCGCCUCUGGGUCUCGUCCGCCUCGUGCUGCUGCGCGGCAUCAAUGCUGUGCUGCUCCCGGCCCCCACCAGGAGGGCCUCCCCGCUCUCCCACCAGCCCUGCGCUGCGGAGGAGGGGCAGCGGGGACCCGCAUCGCGGAGCAGCAUCUUCAGCGGGAACCUCGUGCAGAAGCUGCUGCGCCUGGGGCUGCACCGGGUGGUGGCCCGUGGGGAGCGGUCCUACGUUGACGGGGAGCUCCGGGAGCAGCGCGAUGCGCCCACGUGAGGGCACGGCAACGGCACGCGGGACGGAACGAAUCCUCCGCUCUCUUCAUCUCCAGCCGCGGGCGAACAGCGCUGGGCUCCCUCGGCGGCAUCACCCGCCCUGGGGCAGCGCAGAGCCCGGCAGCAGCUUUUGGGGCUUUAUCUCAGCGGCAGAACUCGGAGCUCUGCAGUGAGCGGCCCCUUCCCUGCCUCCCGGCCUCCUUCUCCCCGGCCCCCCUGCUGGCGGCACAACCGGAUGGCGAGGAGCAGCGGCUGCACGUGCCGGGCUGAGCCCCCACCGCCGGGACCCGAACUGACUCCUAAAGCAAACGGUGGUUUUAAAGUGGUGUUUUCUAAACUCUUUUCUGCCCCACAAAUAGAUGUAGCAGCGCUGCAGCUGUGCCCCAUCUCUAUGGAAUAAAAGCGACCACCUGA